GAUCAGUUUUGCAGCUGCAGAAAGACGCGCCGGGUGUAAUUUUUUUUAUCUGCGCUGCUUGAUUGAUAGAUUUAGGUUCGUAUUUAUUUUAGCUCCAUAAUUUAGACAGGAGGGGAUUGUUAGGAGGUCGCGCAGAGCUUCACCGGUGCGCGGGGCUGCUCGGACCUCGGCGAAGGAUCUCGCGCAGAGGUUGGAUCUUGUGGAGGGCUGCGCUCAGGAGAGUCGAGGUGAAGUUUUCCUCUCUGUGCCUCCGAGUUCAUCUCUGCAGUGGAAACCCGCGCUUUGGCGCCCAGAAGAGACUCGGAAAGAUUUGCACAGAGGCGAUAAAAUUGGAGAAAACUUGUAGCCUAUAUCCGGAGAUCCUUUGAGCCAGGAAAACAUGCCGCAGACUCCUCCCUUUGCAGCGAUGUUUGACAGCAACGGUUACAACCGAAACCUUUAUCAGGCCAAAGAGGACAGCUGCGGAGGACUCUAUUACCAGGAAAACAACUUGUUGUCAGGAUCCUUGGAAGCCCUCAUCCAGCACUUAGUGCCCACUGUUGAUUACUACCCUGAUAGAACAUACAUCUUUACCUUCCUGCUCAGCUCGCGGCUCUUCGUCCACCCUUACGAGUUAAUGGCAAAAGUUUGCCAUUUGUGCAUUGAGCAGCAGAGACUGGAUGAGCCCACAGCCGAUAAAAACCGGUUACGGAAAAUUGCCCCCAAAAUUCUGCAGUUGUUAACGGAGUGGACAGAGACGUUUCCUUACGAUUUUCGAGAUGAGCGGAUGAUGAGGAAUUUGAAGGAACUGGCCCAUCAAAUUGCCAGCGGGGAUGAGAUGUACCGGAAAAAUGUGCAGCAAAUCAUUCAGAAUCUCAUUCGUAAGCUGGCCUCCCUAAGCCAGUACGAGGAGGUGCUUGCAAAAAUCAAUGCGAGCUCGACGGACCGGCUGACAGUCCUGAAGACCAAACCCCAGGCCAUUCAGAGGGAUAUCAUCACCGUUUGCAGCGACCCCUACAUGCUAGCCCAGCAGCUGACUCACAUAGAGCUAGAGAGGCUCAACUACAUUGGACCACAGGAGUUUGUCCAGGCAUUUGUGCAAAAGGACCCGCUGGAUAACGACAAGAACUGCUAUGGUGACCGGAAAAAGGCGCGGAACCUGGAAGCCUACGUAGAAUGGUUCAACAGGCUCAGCUACUUAGUUGCCACAGAAAUAUGCAUGCCUGUGAAGAAAAAGCACCGAGCGAGGAUGAUAGAGUACUUCAUUGACGUGGCCCGGGAGUGCUUUAACAUUGGCAACUUCAACUCAUUAAUGGCCAUUAUUUCUGGAAUGAACAUGAGCCCUGUUUCCAGGCUAAAGAAAACCUGGUCAAAAGUCAAGACGGCCAAAUUCGACAUUCUCGAGCAUCAAAUGGACCCUUCCAGCAAUUUUUACAAUUACCGCACAGCUUUGCGUGGAGCAGCUCAGAGGUCUUUGACAGCACACAGCAACAGAGAAAAGAUUGUCAUCCCUUUCUUCAGCCUGCUUAUCAAGGACAUUUACUUCCUCAACGAGGGCUGCGCCAACCGCCUGCCCAACGGCCACGUCAAUUUCGAAAAAUUUUGGGAACUGGCGAAACAAGUGAGUGAGUUUAUGACAUGGAAACAAGUUGAGUGCCCUUUUGAAAGAGACCGGAAAAUCCUUCCAUACCUGCUCACCGUCCCAGUCUUCAGCGAGGAUGCACUUUACUUGGCUUCCUACGAGAGCGAAGGCCCCGAGAACCACAUUGAAAAAGACAGAUGGAAGACUCUCAGGUCAACGCUUCUUGGAAGGGUUUAAUCCAUGACUGACUUCCUCCUCCUGCUGCUGCUGUUGCUGCUGCUGCUGUGCUGACGUGGAUUAUUUUUUAUUGGAGGCCAUUAUUGAUGUCACUUAUUUAUUUCCCCCCUCCUCCCCCUCUCCCUCCCUCUUUAAAUCAAGUGACAUUUUAAAUUAUGAGAGCUGUGCAGCUAGUUAAGACAUGUCAGGACUCUAUUAAACUUAAGGAACGACCGCAAGUUAACUCGAGAACAAGCAGACCGGCUUCUCAAACCUGAUGGAUCAUCAGAUUCAAGUGACUGGUUUGUUUUGGGUGAUUGAUCAAAAGACAGCGAUGAGGGGAACUGUUUGAAGAUCUGACUCUUCUUUGAAUCAUUUCAAAACACCUGGACGGGAUUCCAUCACCACCUUUAAACAAAAAACAAAAACUUUCGCCUCGCUGCUCCUUUGUAUUAACAACUUGCUGCUACUUGUGGGCUGGAGUCUCGAACUAACUUUCAUUCCAACUUCUGGCAUCCCGUUUUUCGACUGCGUCAUGUUUUGAGCGGUGAAUGGAAAGGAAAACUGUCUCGGCUGAUAUUUUGCUCAGCGAAUCUAAGAACUUUGGUUUCCUCCUUGGGGAGGAGAAGAAACACUCGUGGCAAAGUGACACGGGCUGCUUACGAUUUGUGUUUAUUUAUCGUGGGGAAGGGAUUAAUUGUUAUUCCUUUGGGGUGGUUGGGGUUUUCGUUUGUUUUGUUUCUUCCUUGAGUUUGCUGCGGGCUGGCAAACUCUUGUUGUGGUAUUAUUUAAAAACGAGAAGUGCUGUGAUAGAAAAAGCAGAGACACUAGAAGGAAACAUAGCAAAUGUAGCUAGACUCUGUAGAAAAGAAACCCUCUCCCCAAUUUAUAGUUACACUGUCUUUUUAUUUGUUUCUGAAGGGCACAUUUACACAGUAAACACAAUCUGGUAUGAAUCUGAUUUAACUUUCUGGCUUUUUCCAGAAAACCUCGGGAAUCUGAAAGUAUUCCUUCAGUAGCACCUUAAAGACCAACUAAGUUUUUAUUUUGGAAUGAGCUUUCGUGUGCAUGCACACUUCAUCAGAUACACGAAAGCUCAUACCAAAAUAAAAACUGAGUUGGUCUUUAAGGUGCUACUGAAUGAUUUUUUUUAUUUUAUCUGAAAGUAGUCAGGGUAGAGACCUCUAACUCAGGAUUGGAGGAAUGACUCUAGAUGUUAAUGAACUACAACUCCUGCUCUACCUUGUUCAUAAAACUAUUUCCUCCCAGAGUUUCUUGGGGAGCCAAAACAUUUAAACCAAUUUGAAACGGUCUUCAAAUUUCUAAUGCAGACAUCGCCAAAUGGUCUGCAUCUCCUUCCCACCCCAGGUUGUUGGUUGAACAAUUUGACUUAUUAUUUCCUCUUCAAAAAUUGCAGCUCACACCGUGGGUAGAUCAAUGCCUUUAUUGAGGGUUUUUUCAGAAAAAUGGACGUAAUGGUUGAAGUAAUGUGUGAUCCAGUAAAGCUAGCUGGAAUUGUGUGAUGUCUUAAAGACAAGGGAAGGAUAAUCUUCUGCUAAAGUACAAGUGUGGGUUGAAAACAACCAACUGUCUUUUGCUUCAUGAGUUUAUGAGCAAUGUUUUGACUGUGAAAGAGGGCCUCUUGUUAUACAUUCUGUAGUAACCGGAAUGCUUAGCCACUGUGUUUUGCCCUCUAGGAAAUUCUGCCAAAUGAAGCAUAACCCUCCAUUAUUAGGCAGCCUAAUGUUCAAGGUGGGGACCUUUCAUUUGCCAGAAUCAUAUUCUAAGCACAGGGAUUUGUAUGUAAUCGGUGCCGCCGUUCAAAAUGGAAAAUAAAUAUAUCUAUAUCUACACUUGUAUUGCCCUGCAUACUUGUAGAUUUGGAAAA